UGCACUAUGGGAAGAAGACAAGCCAGUGGAUGGAGUGUGAUGCUCUGGGCAAUGUUCUGCUGGGAAACCCUGGGUCUGGCCAUUCAUGUGCCACCUACCUAAACAUCGUUGCAGACCAGGUACACCCCUUCAUGGCAAUGAUAUUCCCUGAUGACAGUGGCCUCUUUCAGCAGGAUAAUGCGCCCCUCAACACAGUACACAUUGUUCGGAAAUGGUUUGAGUUCAAGGUGUUGCCCUGGCCUACAAAUUUCCCAGAUCUCAAUCCGAUUGAGCAUCUGUGGGAUGUGCUGGACCAACAAGUCUGAUCCAUGGCGGCUCCACCUCGCAACUUACAGGACUUGAAGGAUCUGCUGCUAAUGUCUUGGUGCCAGAUACCACAGGACACCUUCAGGGGUCUUGUAGAGUCCAUGCCUCGGUGGGUCGGUGCUGUUAUGGCGGCACGCAGAGGACCAACAGCAUAUUAGGGGUUUGUGGCCGGGCUUGGAGCGUGGAAUACUCAGUCCCUAUGGAAUGUGCUAUGAAGGGAUCAACAAUAUAUUUAUCAGGCAGUUUUAAAUAUCCUAAUAAUCUUACUGUGACAGAGACAUUUUGGACCAUAACUCCAUAUGGAGGCAAGAAAUACACCAAUCUGUCUGAUGAUCCGCAUUACAAAGGCAGGGUGGAGUAUUUUCUACAAAACCAACACUUCUCUCUCAGACUAAGAGAUGUGUCCUAUAUGGAUGAAACUAUAUACUACUUUGGAAUCAUGACAAAUGAUGUCAAUCAAAACCACCUGUUUUAUCCUGGCAUCAAGCUAAAUGUGAACGUGCUCAGUGUGGAGAUUUCUGGUGAAGUCAUAGAGGGAAAUCAAGCUAAUUUAUUUUGUAAGACCACCUGCAACCUCAGAUACAAUCCAAAAAUUGCCUGGUACAAGAACAGCAUAUUUUUCUCAGAAUCAUUCAGUACAAAUGAACUCUUGCUGCAGUCAGUCAGCAGUGAUGAUACUGGAAAAUACAGCUGUGCAGUGACAAAAUAUGAACACCUCCCAUCUCCUGCUGUCACUCUCAAUGUCAGAUAUCCACCAAAGAAAACAUCAGUAUCCAUUCAUCCAUCUACUCAAAUAGUGAAGGGCAGUUCAGUGACUCUGACCUGCAUCUGUGAUUCAAACCCACCUGCUUGGAUUUACACCUGGUUUAAGGAGAAUGAAAACACAGCUAUUGGAUCUGGACAGAGUUUCAGCAUCUCCAGCUUUAAUUUCAGUCACAGUGGACGGUUUUACUGUUUCGCUCAGAAUAAAUAUGGAUUUCAGAGAUCAGCUGCUGUUACAGUCACAUUUAAAGCGAAGCGCCGGGCUUUAAACUUAGGAGUCAUUCCAGCUGCUGUCAUGCUAUCUGUGGUUCUGAUUGUGCUGUUUAAAAAAGGGAAACAGGUUUACCCAUCAGAAGAGCAAAACAACAGAGGAUCACAGCACAAUGGAGAGAUUGAGUCUCCUGAGAGAGACUACUUGACCCUUGACCCCACGUCCAGAUGUGCUGAUUACGACACACUGCAUAAUAUGAAGACAUCCUGCAGUAACACAAAUGACCCAGAAGAUCAGGAUCCAACAUAUUAUAACAUUGACAAUUAAAUGUUGUGGUCCGGUCGGAUGGUACACAUGCACAAGAAUGAUCAGUAUAGAUGUAACUAUAUUUGUAAUGUCUUUUCUAACUUAAAAGAGCUGUGGUAGAAUUAAAUAUGCAUGUUAUUACAUUUACCUGCCUGUAGAUGUGGUGUCAGGCUGUUGAGAGCUGAAUCCUGUAGAGAUGAAGAGUGAAGCUGCUGUCCGAGGUGCUGAUUAUAUAUAAGGAAUUUAGCGAUUCUGAUUCUACUUUCUUUUCCAAUUCUGGUUCCUCAAAGGUUCCAUUAAUAAUUCUUUCACCUGUAUUUAGAAAAACCUAAUUCUUCAUUUUAAUCCUCACUGUUUAGAAUGUGUUUGAGAUUGAUUUGACAUGUCUUAAGAUCACUGUAAGAAGGUGGUUACAUGCAGUUGUUGCCUUUAGGUGCUUGAUCUGACCCUUAGAAAUGUAUUCAGGUUGAUUUAGUCAUGUUCAGUAAUAUUUUGACUUGAAUUAAAAUCGGUUCAUUUAUGUUAACAUGUGAAGCACAUUUUUUAAGUUACGUUGACAAAACGUUUUUACAGUGUAAGAUGCUAAAAAAAUUUGAAAAGUAGUAACAAGUAAAUCAUCAAACAAAUACAAUUCUCCAUAAAUC